CGUAAUCUCAAGUUUCUCUGUGAUUUUUCUUGUUGAAUUUCUGUGGAAAUAGUUUGAAAUUAUUUUUUUUGUGCCAGUAUCUGCUUUAGUUAAACAUGAAGGAGUACGCUUUUUUACGUCGAAGUUUCAUCGCAUGAUCGGUUACGGGGCGGAAUGGUUAUUAUUCUUUGGAUCUUGAGAACUGAACGCAGCUUCUCCGGAUGAGUCGAAAUUUGUUCAACGCGACUACUGUGGAAGCAUGAUCCUAAAGAUGCCAUUCUCGAACUUGAAGGUAGAUGUACAGUAUUAAACUGACUGACAAUUGUCUGAAAUUCCUUGUUAAUUUAUUUAUUUUGAAGCUUUCUGGGUUAGAAUGAAUGCGUCUCGUUCUGAAAUAUAUCGGCAGGUGUCAAACUGCGGACGUGAAUACGAUAUUGAUUUUUGCUUCAUUUGACACUUAUGUUCAAUAAGAUCAAGCAUUUUCAGGAACCCUCGAAUGUCGUGUUACACGUGAAAUGUGGAAGAAUUUGAGGGGAACAGGAAAUUACUUUCUAACCGAUUGCGAACGGACCCGCCGAGGGUUGGGAGAUGACGUUUCGUGUAGAAUUCGGGAUAAUGUAACAGGUAGUGCGAAAGUUGAAGUUCGCGCAUGUUCGGGUGAUGAGGACGUUGAGAAACCUCGGAAGAGUUGGUUGUCUUUCUUUUCAUAAUUUUCCAUUCUUUAUCCGCAUGUCCAUGUACGUGUUACGAAAUUUCCGCGGUGAUCGGAUGUUGUUUGAAAGGUGCAUUUCGUUGACAGGUGAUGACUCUUAGAAACAGAAUAUCAUUGAAAGAUUUGUGGAGUGGUACUUAGUCCAUCCUCAUGUCCGAAAUGCUAACUUCAUCGGUCAGAGUUCGCAAUACGAUAAGUUGUAUGUUUUUAGAUUGAAACCGAAGUUUAGGGUUUGAUUAAGAAAUCGACGAGAAAACCUUUUUUCAUGUUCCUGUCAUUUUAUGGUGAGCCGUUGUUCGCCUUACUGUACACAGGUUUCUUCGAACGUACUGUUGCGGAGUAUUGUGAUCUCUUAGGAAUUCUGAUGGCCUCAACGACAGAUGAAGUAAGGGUUCGCUAAGUGUUAGUUUGAUAGAUGAUAACUGUGCGAAUUGUUGGAAUUGCAGGCUAAGUUCAAUGUGGAAGAAGCCAAGGUUCUUGUGACUGAAACUAUCGAGAAUAAUCUGGGAGGCGUUGUUUACAAUCCUACAAAGAUCAAAAGCCUGACGAACGGCGUUGUGGAGAAGAUAGUUACCCAACUUACUCGUCUGAAUAAGCCCUUCAAAUAUAUAGUGACGUGCUUGAUCAUGCAAAAAAGCGGGGCAGGCUUGAAUUCCGCUAGUUCGUGUUACUGGGACGACAGUUCUGAUGGCGUGUGCAAUGUUCGCUGGGAUAACAAGACCCUCUACUGUAUGGUUUCUGUUUACGGGCUAGCAAUUUGAAUUGACAUGUUCGAGUAUUGCGUGCUUCACCGACAGGAUAUGUCGCUCGUCCAUGAUUUCUGUCCAUGCUUUAAUAUUUGGCUUGUGAAUUUGAUCUCUCGGCGUUUCCGUUCGGGGUCUGAUUAAAGCGUAUUCCUUUGAAGUAAUUCUGUUGUUCUGGCAGUACGUCUUGUUAAGGGACUGCAUUUUGGUCAAUCUUGGAAAGGUUGAUGAUUUGUUUAUUCCUUACAUGGGGGUUGUUCAAUUUGAUUAAACUCUCCUUGUUUCUCCAACUUUAAUUUUUACAGCGACGGCCUCAAUUCUCGCUCAUGUUCAACGGACUUAUUUGUCUCGUCGAAUGUUUUCCACAGAUUGUCUAAAUCUUUCAAAAUCUUACGUGGAUUCAUUUCGAGACCGAGAAUGGACAUAUGCGAACCAUGUGCAGCGCACGAGGUAUAGUCGGAAUGUGAUCUGUACGUCAGAUCGUGUGUCCCAUUAACAAGCGUCAGAUGUCGCAUAUUCGGUCAUGAUUUCAAAUCCAAUUGGUUUCCACUCUUUCAGAAGAAUGUUCAUGUGAUUUAGAUUAAAAGACUCCUUUUCUGCUUGAACGAGCAGUUCAAUUCUGAGUACUGCCUUCGUUGAUCUAUCUAGCAUGCAUGUGGGAUGACAUUUUAGAAUGUUGGGUGAUUUUUGUGUGGGGAGGGAUUUUGAUCUUCAUGUUUGCGUGAGAGCUUGAUCCAUACGCAGGUGGCGUUUUUUUAACUUCUGCAAUGGUUAUCCUCGAUUUUUGGGGACUGAUAUUUUACAUGUCGAUUUAGGAUUUUUUUCGGUUUUCGUUACUAUACUUGAAUGUUUUCACGAUAUUGGAGCUUUUGUUGGCAAGUGUCAGUUCUCAUGAUCGUCGUUCAUUCGAUUCGAUUGAGAGUUAAUAUUUGUUCGAUGAUGAAAUUCUAAUCGAUAUGUAACGGUCUAUUAGAGGUACAAGAAAGUGAGGCAUUUCGUUGAAUGAAAGCUUGAGCGUCACAUGAUAACAAAGUUCUUUCGGAAUGUGGUUUAAGAACACAUGUGAGCAGAUGAAUUUCUGUAGCUGUUUAUUUUCAUGAUCAGUCUUCAACUCAUCGCUGUUAUCUACUAAUCUUGUUUUUGAGCAUAUACAAAUUACCGAUCUUAAGUUCGUGUUCAGAUAUGUGCUGAACAGUAUGCGUUGUGCAUAUGAGAGGGAUCAGAACUCCUGUAAAACAUGGCUGGAAGAGAAAUUGAGGACGUAGAGAAACCUCGAAAUAUUUCCAGUAAGCUACCUUAUUUUGUGAGAUGGGAAAAUAAGAAGAGUUCAGUACUGUACAGUCCUGGCUCUAAAACGGAAUAAAAAAGAAUGUCAGCCUGGAGUGACUUGAGGACGUUGAGAAACCUCUUGAAAUUCUUUCAGAAGUUGUCGGCUUCAUUUCAUAUCCGGUGCAAAUCCAUCAGUGCCGUGCUACGCAGAUAUGGCAAUCUACAUUUGCUCCAACAUGGUGUUCAAACGUUUGUGUAUUGAAUGGCACCAAUCUCCUCAUUGCCGACAAUUUUAUGGCAUUUUCCAUCUUAAGUCGAGAAAAUUUCACGUGUGCUUGAACGAAUUUACUGUAAUGAAGAGUUGAAAUGGCGGAAGUGAAAGCCUGCGUGUGAUGCAUAAAAAAUUGGGAACGAUUGGAGGACGCAGAGAAACCUCUGAAUUAGUUGUAUUUAUGAUGUUCAAUGCAUAACACUCACAAUCAAUUCUGAAUACCGUAUACAUUUUUAUAGAUUUAUUGAAGCUAUUCCACGAAUUUUAUUUCAUUGUGAGUGAUGUACAUCAGCUUCUACUGUAUUUACAUGAAGAUAAAUGUUGAUGGCGUAAAAGUCGAUUUAAAAAAAAUGAUAAAGUAUGACCUUCAAAGAAAGUAUGAGGAUAACCUGUCCCGGGAUGGUGCUUUGCUUUGGGGCUGUAGAUCUCUGGACACUCAUCAGAACCAUUGACUGGUACAGUACAGUUUCAUUAAAAUGGAUCUUUUCUUAAUAUUUCUUGGUCCCAGCAGAUUUUUCAUGGGAACAAUUUUUUAAAAUUCCGUUUUUACAAACUAAUUUCCAGUAAUAUUCUCAGUAUAUUUCAGUUUUCGUUUGAUUAAACAGGCAAUAAAAAUGUUUAAUGAUUGAUGAAACAAAUUUGAAAAUCCAACUUCAGCAUUCAAAGAAUGACGCCGAAGUAUAGGAAUUAUAAUUUUAAUGUGCGGUAACUUUAGCAUGGUUGUAGUAAGUAUGAAACAUGAUACUCAUCGGAAUAAAUGUACUGUAGUUCUAUUUUAGAAUUAGAGUUACUUGUUUCUUUUUUCGUGCAUGGUAUGUUGGAAAUUAUAUUGCUAUAUUAUGGAACAUACCGUCAUGAAAGGAAUUGAAUAUUUUUGUACACAUGCUUUUUUGUUGUUCAGUGUACGUUUCCCUAAGGUCAGUUCAUUUUUAGGAAAUAAUCUAGUCUAUCUAUAGUCUAAAAUAAUAUAUAUUAAAUUUGUCAAUUUAAGUUCAUCAAACAAAUCGGGAAUGAUGAAAAAUCUUCAAGUACCUGUUGUGGAGGAUUUUCAUAGAAAUUAACACAUGUCUCCCAUAGAAUUUCAAUCUUGAACCCUGCGAGAACCCUGACAUUUUUCUACUACACUGUUAAUUUUAAAGAACUUUCACUGCCCCCCUAUGAGUUUGUUUCUAAUAAUAUUUUAGAAUAGAAUAUUCUGAUGAAUUGCAUCACUUGAAAAGCAAAGUACAACAUAGUCUCUCAAGCCAGCCUAGACGGAAUUCAUGGUAGAAACUACAGCCGGAAUACCGAGAUGUGAAGCCGUUCAGAAUAAAAGGAGAUCUAUAAAUUCAGUUGGAAAUAAGAGAUCAAUUACAUAGAUAUAAGCCCCCCUCUCUGAACAGAAUGCAGGUAGACUUUCUGUAGUAAUUCUUCAUAUUUGUGCCAUUGCUUCAAAAAAUUUAGUGAUGUUGGCAAACUUGCACUGCUGUGUCGUAUGAUUUCUUGAAGUCCGAUUUUUUAUCAUUUUCUUAUAGGAUGACUCGGUUUGAAAAAAAUGUGUGCGGCAAAAUGUCUCUUGCUUUGCAUGAAAGAAAGUUAUUUGUUCUCUUGCCCAUUGAUGCAUUCCAAUGUCUUGCUGACUGAUGGCACAUAUCCCCAUUGUUUGGGAGCAUUAUUGCAAGUCUGUCUGUAUACUGGAUUCCUUCUUUUUCAAAUCAGAAAAAAAGUGUGGGUCGAGUAUGGUAUUUGUUCUCUUUUAUGAAUUUGCAUCAUCUUAUUGAUGGACCCCUUGUUGUGCAUCUGCCAUGGCCAUAAUACUUGAUAAUUUACUCAUUUCGGUGCGCUUAUCAACUUAGAAAAGUGCCGGAAAUAAUGCAAAUAAUGUGUUCUAAGAUGGUGAAGCAAUUUUUCUUGAAAAUAUUGAAGACAAAUUCGCACUUCAAUACAUCCUUAUCUUUGUGAGUACGUCCUUCAAAGCUAUACUUAAAAAGUGAUUCUACUGAACAGAAAAACCCUUGCCCCUGAAUGAUCAACCCGAUUUCUUGUAUCUGAAUGGGGAAAUCCCAAUAUCUUAGUGAAGAAUCCCCGAAACCUUGGGGGAAAUGCCUUGCAUCUUCUAAAAAUAUUUCAUGUAUCCAUGGGAAUUCAGCCUGUGUGAAUGAACCGAAAUGAUUUAUUCCUGAUAUCUGAAUGGAAAAUCCUUUAUCUAACACCUCAAUGGAAUGAUCAUGAACUAUUUAUUGUUCGAAAAUAGAAUAUGGCUUUUACUUCAUGUUGUUCGAUAUUAUUCUUGAUCCCAGAACAAAAUGGCUUGCAUCUUGAAGCGAUAUCUCCUCUACCACCGAAUGCUGUAUCACAGUCAUCGAGAUGAGAAUUUCAUUACAUCUGAGUGAGAUAUUUGAU